GUUCCCAGUUUCCGGGUGCUGGGAGAUCCCAUGUGUGGGUCGCCCCCCUCGCCCCCAGUCCCAGCCUGCGGAAGCCGCCCUCUCCCCAAGCCCCGUCCUCCUCCGCCCCUGCCGCGGGUACGAGGCACCCCUCCCCCACCCGUGGGCGUUCGGAGCUCCUCCCACCAUAGUGGGUGCUGCGCGGUCACAGCCUGCGACGGUGAUGGCGAUGGCGGCGCGGGCUCAGGCCCGGGCCCUGGCGCUGGUGCUCUGGGGCUGGGCGCUGGCCCCGGCGGGAGCCCUGGACGCCAUGGGCCCCCACGAGGCCGUCCGUCUGGCCGAGCUGCUGACCCCGGAGGAGUGCGACCAUUUCCAGUCGCUCCUGAAGGCGCCGGAGCCGGACGUCGAGGGCGAACUGGCCCGUCUCUCUGAGGACCGGCUGGCCCGCCCUGAGACGCCGGCGUCCACGUCCGCGCCGCGCGGCCGGCUCUGGCGGCAGCGGCGGGCGGCGGCCGAGCCCGCGGAGGUGUCGGACGGCUGCCGGGAGGGGCUGGCGGCCUGGCUGGCGGCCAAGGCCACCACCCUGUCUUGGGACCGCGUGGCCCGGGCUCUGCGGCGCAGCGGCCGCCCGGACGUGGCCCGGGAGCUGGGCAAGAAUCUCCACCAGCAGGCGACGCUGCAGCUGCGCAAGUUCGGCCAGCGCUACGUGCGGCUGCCCGCCGUCCCCGGUCUCGGCCCUGGCCCCGGCCCCGGCCCCGGCCCCCGCCCCGGCCCCGGCCCCCGCCCCGGCCCCCGCCCCGCCGCUGCGCCCCCAGCCCCGCGCCCCCGCCGCGCCUCGUUCCCCGAGCCCGACUGGGACGGGCUGCAGCUGAUCGUGGAGCGUCUGCCGCAGGCGCCCUAUGAGCGCAGCCCCGCCGGCUGGGUCGGGCCGCUGGCGCUCGGCCUCCUCACCGGCUUCGUGGGGGCGCUGGGCACCGGGGCGCUGCUCAUCUUGCUCACGCUGUGGCUCACGGGCGGCGACGGCGACGGCCCCGGCCCCGGCCCGCAGUCGAGCCCCCGUCCUCCCCGGCGCAGGCCCGCCCAGGCGCUUGGCGCGGCGGAAUCGAGGCCGCUCCUGUCUGCCGAGCGGCUCCAGCCACCGCCGAAGAGGGCCUGGGCCGCGCGCCGGCCGGGUCCCCCCUCGCCUCAGUGUCCCUGGCUAUGAGACGGGAGCGCUGCCCUGGCAGAGAGCCGCCUUCGCCCUGUUAUAAACAUUACCAAAUCCGCAAAGGAGGGAGCAAGCGUUGGUUUGU